GCAGCCCUCCUCCUCCUCCUCUUUGGGGAGGGGAGGACAUUGCAACCCAGGAAGGGAGGGAGUGUGAAGACUCAGUUGCCAGGAACUUGCUGAGUGGCCUGGGCUGUUGCCUGCUACUGGCUUCUCUUUCUGUAGCUCCAGGAACCCCGGGACCCAGGCUGCCCAGCUUCCUCCUCUCUCACAGACCCAGGAAUCUGCAUUGCCAGCCUCUCCAGCUCCCGGGACAAGAAUCCCAGCAUUGGCCCGGCAGCCCCAUGGAGCCUUGUCGGUCGCUGGCCCUCCUGACCAGCUUCUUGGGUCUGGCUUCCAUGCUGGUGGCUAUGAGCACAAAUUAUUGGUUCGUGGCCAUAGGACCCAAGUUUACAAGUCACACAGGAAUCUGGCCCAGGGCGCAGGGGGACCGAGUGGCAGGUUACAUCCACGUGACCCAGGUGUUUAACAUCCUGGCCACACUCUGGAGCCUGGUGUCUGUGGUCUUCCUGGUCCUGUCCUGUGUCCCCUCGCUGUCGGCCCCUGGCCGAGGCCCCAUAGUCUCCUGCAUCACAGCCUUUGCUGCAGCCCUGUCGGCCAUAGUGGCCAUGGCUGUGUAUACCAGCGAGCGGUGGAGCCAGCACCCAGCACCCCAGAUCCAGUGCUUCUUCUCCUGGUCCUUCUACCUGGGCUGGGUGACAGUCCCCCUCUUACUCUGUGCAGGUGGGCUGAGUCUGGGUGCUCAUUUCACUCGCCGGCCCGGCUACGAGAGUUUGUGAGAGACGGUGAAGCCCACAGACCAGCUUGGGGGGCACAAAUCACUGCCCCCCCUUCAUCAGGAGCCAUGGGAAUAACUGCCCCCCACUCCCCUUCUAUCUUCUACCACCCCCCCACCGACCAUUGGCAGCCCCUGUCUUUUCUUCAUGCAACAAAAGCUUUAUGGCAUCUGA